AUGUUGUUUAAAGAAGACGAUCCUAUUUUUCCCGGUUCGUUCGCUAACGCAUUUCGGAGACUUCAGUCAAUCGAGCGUCGUCUCAUUAAAAACCCCUUGCUUUACGAAGACUAUAAGGCCUUUAUGAACGAAUAUUUAGAUCUUGGCCACAUGCAGCUCCUUACAAAUGGAAAUUCGUCGGAUGGAUAUUAUAUUCCCCACCACUGUGUUAUAAAGGCUGGUAGUCCUAGCGCAAAACUUCGCGUAGUUUUCGAUGCCUCCUGUCCUUCGUCAGAAGGCAAAUCUCUCAAUGAUAGUUUAUUUGUAGGUCCAAAACUUCAAAAGGACAUUUUGACUAUUCUUUCACGCUUUAGAGUUCAUCCCAUCGUGUUCACCGCAGAUAUACGACAGAUGUAUCGUCAAAUUUUGAUUCUUCCUGAACAUCGCAAAUUUCAGAAAAUUUUGUGGAGAAACUCCCCACAGGAACCCGUUCAGGAAUAUCAGUUAAAUACCGUUACCUACGGAGUGUCGUCUUCUCCCUUUUUGGCAAUUUGCACAUUAGGCGAACUUGCAUCUCUGGAAAAAACUCGAUUUCCUCUCGCUUCCGAAGUCCUGGUUAACGAUGUUUAUAUCGAUGACAUUAUUACAGGUUGCUCUUCGAUUGCUGAAGCUCAUAAUUUGCGGGAUGAACUAAUUGACUUGCUCAGUACUGCAGGUUUCGAAUUAAGAAAGUGGUCUAGCAAUGACCCUACCGUUUUAAACAAAAUUCCUCUUUCACAUCAAUUAGAUCAAGCUCUUGCGUUCAAUAGUGAAUCAGAGUUUUUCUUUAAAGUUUUGGGACUGCAAUGGAACCCGCGUAACGAUAGUUUUUCUUAUAGUAUUCAACCGUUCAAUCGUCCUUGCUCCAAACGAUCGCUUUUGUCUGAAUUGGCUCGCAUAUUCGACCCUAUUGGGUUUUUGGCUCCUUUAACUUUUUACGCAAAACAUUUAAUUCAUUAUCUAUGGACUUUGAAGUUGUCUUGGGUUGACUUGCCUCCUGACGACAUUAUUUCGAGUUGGACGCAAUUUUGUUCGGAACUUCCCCAAUUAGCGACUUUGCAACUUUCCAGAAAAAUUAUCGUAGAAAAAGUUCGGUUGUGUACUCUUCAUGGUUUCUGCGAUGCUAGUGAGUCUGGUUACGCCGCAGUGGUCUAUUUACGAAGCGUCUCAGUUACCCAUGCAAUAGAAAUUCGUCUCAUUUGUGCAAAGUCAAAGGUAGCGCCGUUGAAGAAAAUUUCCAUUCCGCGUCUAGAGUUAUGUGCGGCAGUUUUAUUGGCCAAGUUAAUAGAUUACACCCUUACCACGUUUAAAGGUGUCAUAGAGAUUGAACAAGUUUACGCGUGGUCCGACUCUACCAUAGCCCUUUCGUGGAUUCAAUCGUCUCCUCACCUUUGGAAGGUAUUUGUUAGCAAUAGGGUUGCUCUUAUUCAAUCGUUAGCACCUACUGCUACUUGGCAUCACGUUUCGUCGGAUGACAACCCCGCCGAUUGCGCGUCUCGUGGUUUAAGUCCAAUGCAUCUCCUGCAGCACCUGCUAUGGUGGGCGGGGCCCACUUGGUUACGCAAUUUUGAUUUGGUCGUAGGUAAAUCGGAGAUACCAGAUUUGGAAAAUGACUCGAUAAUGGUAGAAGAACAACGCAAGGUUGUCUUAAUUCUUUAA